GGGAGGCGGGGCGCGGGCAGCCGGCGGGGCGCGCCAUGGACGCAGGAGCGGACGCAAAAGGGGGCGGCGGCCCCGCAGCCCCCCAGGAUCCCUGCGGCCCCGCACUGCCCCAGCUCCCACGCCGCCCUCAGCUCCUGGAUGAGGACGGAGGGCCCAGCGAGGAAGUGGCCGUGGAUGCAGGCAGCUCCCCGGCCCCGGAGGAGCACCGGGCUGAGUCCCAGGCUGAGGCCUCGACGGCGGCCCCUCCCGAGGCCGAGGCCACGGGCGAGGCCAGACUGGGGCCCAAGGUGGCUGUCGGAGGGGUGCCCAACAUCGGCUUCGUGGGCGAGCCCCCGCCCUACGCACCGCCGGACCCCAAGGCAGUGCAUCUGCUCUACCCGCCCUUCCCGCAGGGGCCCGUCCUCUUCCAGCCUGGCCCCUCGCCCCAGGCCCUGUACCCACCGCCACCGGCCGCGCCCCUGUACCCCGCGCCCACCACGCCACCGCUAUUUGCAUCGUUCCCGGUGUACAACAGCCCCGUGGCCAGCAUGCCCGCCCCGCCCCUGGUGGAGCACAGGCCCCUGCCCAAGGACUACAUGAUGGAGUCCGUGCUCGUGACCCUCUUCUGCUGCCUCCUCACAGGGCUCAUCGCUAUCGUCUAUUCCCACGAGACGCGCGCGGCCCUGAGCAGGGGGGACCUGGCCCAGGCCGAGGAGGCUUCCCGCAAGGCCCGCUCGCUCGUGCUCUUCAGCCUGCUCUUUGGGGUCUUUGUGUCCACCAGCUGGGUCAUCUACGUGGUCGUGGCCCUGUACCUCCCCUGAGGGCCGCAGGCUCCUUUCAGAUGCCUGGAUGCACAAGGACACCCAGCCUGGCCAGACGCUUCCUGUGGACUUUGAUCCCUGCCGGUGGCCAUCUGUUGCCUCCAGAGGGGCCCCAGGGCCAGAAGAAGGUGGGGUCUGCAGCCCUUGGCACAUCUGUGGCCGGGCCUCAGCCCCUACGGGUGGCCUCAGGCAGCGUCCUACACCGGAGUGGCUCCAGGGCCCAGGCCCAGCGGUGGGACGGGGCCCACUGGAGCUCGGCGUCCUGUGCUUCCUCCCGAGGUCUUUCUGGGACUGGGCUGGCUGGGCCCCCAUGGCUCUUGCCUUCACCUUACACCCGGCAGACCACCCAAGGGACCGGGGCUCUCGUCCUCAGAGCCAUCUGGAAGGAUGUUGCAAACUCCGGCCUCCUCCCCCCUCCAGUCCAGCCUGGUGUCCAUGGGGCAAAGCUGCUGGUGUGUCCUUUUCCCUGUCGGGGAGCUGAGUGUGGCGUCGUCCCUCUCCUCGUCGCUCCUGGCUGAUUGUCCUGAGCCCUGGCCCCUUCCUAGGAGACAGGCUCUCUCAUGUCGACUCCAUGUCCAGAAACCAAGGCCACCGUGUCUGGUCAAUAAACAACAAGCUGCCCCCGGGCGGGUGUUGCUACUUCCUGGCUCAGUUUCAGGGCGAGCGGCACAUCUGUCCACAGCCGGCCUCUGGGGGCUCCCACGCCUGCCCCUCCCAGGGAUGCUGUUUGCACAAAGGCAGCUCUGUCAAGGGCCCGUCUGUCGCUCACGUCGUGUGGCCCCUCUGAGAUGUGAUGCUGCUUCUCCCUAGACCGCUUCUCCUGGGGCUGCUUCACUAGAUGGUUCUGUCUCCUGGUUUGGCCCACUCUCUCCAUCUGUGGUCUUGCGGCAUUUUUGGAAUGUGCAUUUUCUGCUCACUCCUUCUGCCCCCAACUUUAUCGCCCACCAGCGGAGGAUCAACCGGGCCCUGUGUGGUAAGGGCACCCUGACCGGGGAGCACAGUGCCAGACAGCCUAGACAGCUCUAUGUCGGUGUCCCUGCGUCAUGCCUGGUACACCGGUCCAGUCAGCUGUGGUCCUGAGAAUGGCCCUCCAUUCUAACGAGGUUUCGAGCCAUCUGCAGAGGAAGGGGCUUAGGGAACAGGGAGUGGGGGCCCCGCCGUGGCUUCCCUCCACGCCUUGUGAUCAGCAGUGAUCUUCUGGCUUGUCCAGGUCCCAGCCCCAAGAACAGUCCUUGACUUUAAGGAGUUUCUGGCUUCUUGAGGAAAUUGUGUUUUCCCCAUCUGUAAAAUGGGCUGGCGGUGUAACUUGUCCCCUGGAGUUGUGGGCAGACUCCGUGGAGGGCCCGUGGGUGUUCAGCAUGGUGCCUGGUGUGUGGUGAGCACGUGGAGUGGAGCUGCUGGGGACCGGUGGUGGGGAUUUCUCCAGGGUCUCCCACAGCCAGAGGUUUUGGGAAAGCAGGGAGCAAGCCUGUUACUACGGGCUUAGGGACCCAGGAGUUUCCCAACCAGAAGGGGAAGCCGUUAAUGGGCGUUUUCCUGGGGAGGUGUCCAGAUUCAGGGGGGUCUGUGAUUCAGCAAGAUAAAAAAGCAUCUGCAUGGAGAAGAGGAAGCCUCCCCCCAGCUGAGCCGUACCAGAAUGACAGAUCAAGUUAAAUCAAGUGACUUCUGAGCACCCACUGUCCUCGCACCUGAAGCAGGAGAAUGUCCCAUCUCAGCCUGGAGAUGCUCUGGGGAGCUGAAGAGUCAGGAUGAGGAAGUAAGUGGUGAGCGACAACGCUAGGGGGUGGUUGAAAGGUGGUUUCCUGCUGUCGGCACAGGGCUGGUCUAGAAUUUAGGGUAUCAAACACUAGAAAGCAUGGUAGCCACCAAAAAGGAGGGCUCCGUUUUUUAAAGGACCAGUAGAUGCCAAACGAUGUUUGGUAGACCCCAACAGCGACAGCUUUUCUUACUAAACUCUUAAGUAAAAUCAAGAUAGAAAGAAAUCAUCUAGACCAGUGUUCCUCGAACUUUAUGUAGGAAAUCUUUGAAAUGGAGGUUCUGGUUCAGUAAGUAAGACUGGAGAUUUUGCGUUUCUACUGAGCUCCCAGCGAUGCUGAAGCUGGGACAUGUACCGACGGCAAAUGGCACAUUUCAAUGGAAAAUUACUAAAACCAUUAAAAGCCAAUAUACCCAGGAUCAAGCUGUGGAUGCCCUCUAGUGUCUACUCAACACGGCUGUGAGGUUCUAGCUUCUGUAAAAAACAACAGUGAGAUUUGUAGUAUAAAAAGUAGAAGAGACAAUGAUUCCUUAGCAAGAAUAUCCAAGAAUCCAUGAAAGAAAUUUGGAGAACUCAGUAAAAUGGUUGGAUUUAAAAUCUACAAAUAGUCAAUAGCAAGAGUCGGUUAAAAGUGGAACAAAUUUAAACAUUCCACUCGUAAUAGUGAUAAAAACCAUAAGAUCUAGGAACAUAUUUAACAAGACAGAUCCAGAUCCAAAUGCACGAUUUUUAAAAAAAUUACCAAAAGGCAAAAACAAAAAGCUGGACAAAAUAGAUAGGAAAAGGUAAUGUAAAGAUAUCUAGCCUUCUUAAAUAGAGAUUUAAUUGAGUUCCCAAAAGGAAACCAAGCUCUUAAACUAUGGCAAAAUAUUUUUAAAAUUAACAUGGAAGGAAAGUGUGCAGCAAUUGCUAUUUUUUUUUCAGUUUAACGAGGGGGGAACUUUCUGCACCUGAUACUAAAACUUAGCAUAAAGCUACGGUGAUCAGGACAGCAUGGCUUUGCCACAGAGAUAGAUCAGUAAAAAAUAACAGAAGUCCAGAAAAUGUUCCAAGUGUGUAUGAGAAGUUAAUAUUUGAUGAAAAUGGCAUUUAAAUUGGGAGAGUCAGGGAUGGCUUAUAAUUAGUAGAGUUAUCUGGUUGGAAAGAGUAAUUAUAACUGUAUGAAAAAACAAAUUCCAGAUGGGUUAAAGAGCUAGGUAUAAAAUAGCCCUGCACUCACGAUGGACGAAAGCCUAGGAGGGUGUCUUUAACCUCAGGGUGCUGGUGCAGGACAGAGGGGAGGCUGCUCACAUCUGGAAAACCAUCCAGAAAGACUGAUGGAACCGAGUCUUGUACAUCAGGAAAAUAUGGAUCUAAAGCACGAGGUGGCUUUCCCUUGUCACAUGGGUAAAGAAUUGACUGAAUACAUCCAGAGUUGGUGAGGGCUCCCUCACCAACUCAUCUAUUGCCAAUGUGUAUGCUGCCACUGUAUUUCUGGAAAGUAGACAGUCUCUAUUAAUACAUGCACGCUGUAUUCAUACGCAUGUAUGUGCAAAGAACAGUCUAGAAGGAUAUAUCCUAAACUGCUGACAGUGGGCUGCCCUUGAGGAGGGAUCGGGAGGAAGCGGAGGGUCUGUGCAAUAUGUUGCUGAACUUCAAAACAGAGCUGUGUUCGUGUGUUGUGUAAUGAAAACACAACUGAAAAACGUGCAUGCCUUUUGACCUGGCAAUUCCAGCUUUAGGAUUUACAGUGGUGAACAAAGUUUGUUUUCCUGAAGCUUCCAGUCCAGUGCGGCGGGAUCUAUCAGACAGCGUAGUUACCAGCUGUGCCAGAGCACCACGAAGGAGAGGGAGCUAGGCAAGUUCGAAAGUGGAGUGGAACGGAGGAGAACCUGAUUUGGGUGCAUCCCAACUUCAGAGAUGUUAGAGUGUGUGUGUCUUAGAGUCUUAGACUUCGAAGUAUUUGACCUGAAAGUGGUAAAGACAGGCUUUCCUGAGGACGUUGUGGAUCUGUUAAAAAGUGCGAUGAGGGGCGCCUGGGUGGUGCAGUCGGUUGAGCGUCCGACUUCAGCCAGGUCACGAUCUCGUGGUCCGGGAGUUCGAGCCCCGCGUCCGGCUCUGGGCUGAUGAUGGCUCAGAGCCUGGAGCCUGUUUCCGAUUCUGUGUCUCCCUCUCUCUCUGCCCCUCCCCCGUUCAUGCUCUGUCUCUCUCUGUCCCAAAAAUAAAUAAACGUUGAAAAAAAAAAUUAAAAAAAAAAGUGCGAUGAGGUGCUGCCAACCUGCACCCCCAAGUGGCUGAAUCAUUUUGCAUCCCACCCCCAGCAACAGAGAUGCAAAUGCUGCCACCCCUCCCCCGCCCCCCCCCCCCCCCAUUUGUCUUGUAGGUUUCAGUGCUGCUGGCAGGGAGAGCUGUAGUGGUGCCUCAGUGUGGCUUUAAUUUGCAUUACUCUGAUGACUAAUGAUGUUGAGCCUUUUAUCGUGUGCUUAUCAGCGAUUUCCAUCUCUUUUUAUCAUGUGCCUGUGCAAGACUUGUGCCCAUUUUAUGCUGGCCUGUCUUCUUAAUAGUCUAGGGGGGUUCUUUAUCUGUUCUGGCACCGAGUCCUGUAGUCUCGCCUUUGCACUCUGUGCGGGGUCAUCUGAUAAAAAGUCCUCAGUUUUAAGAUCUACAAAUUUAUCUUUUCCUUUACGGAUAACGCUUUACUCUUAGGUCAUGAAGAUAUUCUCUUAUAUUGCCUUCUAGAUCCACAGCUUUACUGUGUGUUUUCACAUUUGGAUCUGUCACCUACCUGGAAGUCCAUUUGUUUAUUUCUUGUUCCAUUGUCACAUUUCAUUACUGCAGCGUGAGACUAAGUGUUGAUAUUGGGAAGGUCAAGCCCUCCCACUGUCUUUAAGGGUCUUGGACAUUUAAAUUCAUUUAUAUUUAUAAUCAAUUUUAGAAUUAACUUGUCAAUUUUCACCAAAAUAAAGAUUGGGAUUUGACUAUGAUUGCUUUAAAUCUAUGGAUUAAUUUGGUGACAACUGGUAUGUUUACUAACUUUUCCAACAAAAAUGAUGAAUUUCCUUACUUGUUUAGAUCUCUAAAAAUUUUUCCCCUUGAUUUUGAAUUUGUUUUCUGUACAGAAAUAUUGUACAUAUUUUGUUAGUAUCCCUGGGUAUCUGAUUUCUUGAUGCUAUUAUAAAUAUUUUGUUUCUUUUGUUACUUGCUAGUAUACAGAAAUACAGUUGAUUCUUGAUUAUUGACUCUGUA